AUGAGUGAAAAUACUGUUAAUAGUGUCCGCAGGCCGAAUUUUUCCAACAUUCCGCAAAACGGAAUUAGCAGGAACAUUAAUUUGAUAAACAUAAAGCCUACAGCGAAGAAGCUAGUGAUUAAAAAUCUGAAAAGCGAACCGAAACUCCCAGACGAUUACCGUGAACAAACAUGGGACAAACUCCAUAGCGCUGUGCUUGCUAUUCAACAGUCAAAGCCAAAUCAGUAUUCUUUGGAGGAACUGUAUCAAGCUGUAGAAAAUAUGUGCAAUCAUAAAAUGGCUCCAACUCUUUAUACUCGUCUGUAUAACUUAACUGAAAACCACGUUUCUCACAACAUCGAGCAGUUCCUGGCCGAAUCGAUGGAUCGUUUCCUGUUCCUCAAGAAGAUGAACGAAACGUGGUUGGCUCAUUGUAACCAAAUGAUAAUGAUUAGAAGCAUAUUUUUGUAUCUUGACAGAACUUACGUUCUUCAAAACCCGAACAUUUCAUCCAUUUGGGAUAUGGGCCUAGAAUUGUUCAGUAAAUAUAUUAUUCUAAAUACUCUGGUCCAAACUAGAGUCGUAGAAGGUCUGUUGAUGUUGAUAGAAAAGGAGAGACAGGGUGAUAAAGUAGAUAGAACAUUACUAAAAUCUCUUCUGAGAAUGUUAACUGAUUUACAAAUUUACGAUAAGGCUUUCGAGCAGAAAUUCCUGCAAUCCACGGAGCGCCUUUACGCAUCUGAAGGACAAAGACUUAUGCAAGAACUCGAAGUACCAGAUUACUUAGCUCACGUAGACAAGAGAAUCCAGGAAGAAAACGAAAGAGUUCUUCACUAUUUGGAUUCUGGCACAAGAUAUCUGCUAAUACAUACAGUAGAAAAGCAGCUGCUUAGUGAGCAUGUAUCCAACAUACUCCAGAAAGGGCUCGAUCAACUUUUAAAUGAAAAUAGAAUUACGGACUUGACACUUCUUUACCAGCUGCUGAGCCGCGUCAAAAAUGGCUUAUCAGAACUAUGCACUUCCUUUAAUGCUUACAUAAAGAAAAGAGGCAAGACUAUCGUCAUCGAUCCGGAGAAGGACAAGACCAUGGUUCAAGAACUACUAGAUUUUAAGGACACCAUGGAUAAUAUCGUAGCCACCUGCUUCAACAAGAACGAGAAGUUCGGCAACUCCCUCAAGGAGGCCUUCGAGCACUUCAUCAACCAGAGAACCAACAAACCCGCUGAACUAAUCGGUUCGUAUUUUUUAGCGAAAUUCGUCGAUUCGAAGCUGCGCGCCGGCAACAAGGAGGCCACGGAAGAGGAAUUAGAAAGACUUUUAGACAAGAUAAUGGUACUGUUCCGCUUCAUCCACGGCAAGGACGUGUUCGAGGCGUUCUACAAGAAGGAUCUCGCGAAAAGACUGCUCGUCGGCAAGUCGGCCAGCGUCGAUGCGGAGAAGAGCAUGCUGAGCAAAUUGAAGCAAGAAUGCGGCGGGGGAUUCACCUCGAAGCUGGAAGGGAUGUUCAAAGACAUGGAACUAAGCAAAGACAUAAACGUGGCUUUCAAGCAACAUUUGAAUGUUAAUACUCGGAACUUGGCGCCCAUCGACAUGACUGUGAAUAUACUCACGAUGGGCUACUGGCCGACUUAUCAGGCGAUGGACGUCACCUUGCCCGAUCAAAUGGUGAGGUUCCAAGACAUAUUCAAAGAUUUUUAUCUGAGCAAGCACAGCGGCAGGAAACUCCAAUGGCAGCCUACCUUGGGGCAUUGCGUUUUGAGAGCCUCCUUCAAAGCCGGACCUAAGGAGCUGGUGGUUUCCUUGUUUCAAACGUUGGUCAUCCUAUUGUUCAACAAAUACGACGAGGUGACCUUCGAGUACAUUAAAGCAGCUACUAACAUCGAAGACGGAGAACUGAGAAGGACUCUGCAAUCCUUGGCUUGCGGCAAGGCUCGCGUUUUAAACAAGGUCCCCAAAGGUCGAGACAUUGACGAUUUCGACAAGUUUCGCUUCAACAAUGAUUUCACCAACAAAUUAUUCAGGAUCAAGAUAAAUCAAAUUCAAAUGAAAGAAACAACUGAAGAACAGAAGGCUACGGAAGAAAGAGUGUUCCAAGACAGGCAGUACCAGAUCGAUGCUGCCAUCGUUCGCAUCAUGAAAAUGAGAAAAACCCUCAGUCACAACCUGCUUAUUAGUGAACUUUACUUGCAGCUUAAAUUUCCUGUUAAGCCGACCGAUUUAAAGAAACGCAUCGAAUCCCUGAUUGACAGAGACUACAUGGAACGAGACAAGGAUAAUCCCAAUCAAUACAACUACGUUGCUUAA